GCUAAUCAAAAGUACAGGCAGAAGGCCAAGAGCCUAGUCGUGCAAAGAUCCAAGCAGCGUAUUCUCAUUCAGGUGCGAAAACAGCUUCUUCUCGACGCAGGAGAUUCGUGAACAAGCCCAUCUAAGAGCCUAGCAGUAGCUGCCUUUAUUGUGACAGAGAGAGCUUCCAACAAGGAAGGCUCAAUAAUCCCACCUCGUGCCGGAACGUCAUCAGUCCCAGAGCCUAUUUGAUGUGUCCUCUUCUGAUUCAACCUCGUACAACAACUAUGGCAGCCAAGAGCGCUGCUUAUUCCCCUUCAUGUCUGAAAUCUUUGAGUUUGCAUCCGCUGUUGAUCGAUUAGUUCCUGUUGAGGGAGAAUUAGUAACAUCCACUGAAGAGCAGCCGGCAUAAUCUGAUCUAGGACUAGGACCUGGCCCUGCGUGUGCAUUUAGUAGAAUAUUUCCUAGCGCUUUUUUCGGAUCUCUAGAAACAUACAGAUUUUAGGAUCUUCUAUAUCAUAUAGGUUGAACCGAGUCGGAGACUUAGCCUGAUAUUGCCAACCACUUCAGCCCGGAAGAGAUGCUCAUGUAACUCAUUCACAGGGACAAGGAAAGCUGUUCUAUGGCCACUCGGCGCUUCCGGGGAAUGCUUUUUAUGGUUUGGGGCGAAGAAAUAUGUGUUUUCGUAGGAGAGUUCAUCUGGUUCAGGAUUUGGCCAUAACAUCUGAGAAUGUGUAUACCGUCGGGAGUACAUGACCGCGGAACCGCCCUAUUCUUUUUCUUUUAUCAAAACUAUAUUCGCAUGGCUUAGAAUCUACUCUACUUACCAAUAGGGAUAUUCUGAUGGGACCGAGGAAUCGGAGUUCUCUCCUUUAGGGAGGAUUGAGAAAGUACACCUCCCGGAGCUAUUUGAUCAAGUGCCGAGCUGCUUUCGCUUUCGAUCGUAAAUGCUUCUGCCGUGGCAUCUACGAAACGACAAAGGAACAAGCAUUUUCGGGGACUAGCCGGAGAUUUCGUACCAAAAGAAAGGAAAGAUCAUUCUCCUCAUUUUCGAAUGAAUUAUUUAAAUUGCGUAUUUUAAAAAAGAAAAGUUUCCGAGCAAAGCGAGAAGCCACUUCUUGCCUAAGAAUUGCUCCACCCGCUAGAAAAUUGCAUCGCAUAUUUCGUGGAUUGAAAUGUCGUAUAUAAAUCUAAAAAGAAAAAUAGCAUACAUAAAUAACUAAAAUAGAAGCCGCGCGGCGCUCUUUGGACUUUUCAAACUGGGCUAAUGUUUCUGUGGUACUUCUUUCCCAUGCUUUCCGUUGGGCAACACCCAACUACACCUCUCUAUAGUUCUUCACUACUCGUACGGGAAGGUAAGAGGAACUUGCUUUUCUGGAGGGAAUUAUUGUUUGUCAAUCAAGAAUGCCUCAACUGGAUAAAUUCACUUAUUUCACACAAUUCUUCUGGUCAUGCCUUUUCCUCUUUACUUUCUAUAUUCCCAUAUGCAAUGAUGGAGAUGGAUUCCUUGGGAUCAGCAGAAUUCUAAAACUACGGAACCGACUGGUUUCACAGCGGGGGAACAACACCCGGAGCAACGACCCCAACAGUUUGGAAGAGAUUUUGAGAAAAGGUUUUAGUACCGGUGUAUCCUAUAUGUACUCUAGUUUAUUCGAAGUGGCAAAAUGGUGUAACGCCGUCGACUUAUUGGGAAAAGGGAGGAAAAUAACUUUGAUCUCUUGUUUCGGAGAAAUAAGUGGCUCACGAGGAAUGGAAAGAAACAUAUUCGAUUUGAUCUCGAAGUCCUCAUAUAGCACUUCUUCCAAUCCUGGAUGGGUGAUCGCUUGUAGGAAUGACAUAAUGCUAAUCCAUGUUCCACACGGCCAAGGAAGCAUCCCUCAACCCGAGAGAUCAACCGCCUGCGCCUUUGAUUUUAGGCCGCCGGCGGCGCAGAACGCACUAAUCCGCGACCAGCAAAGGCAUUCUUAUCAUUUGGUAGAUCCAAGUCCAUGGCCUAUUUCGGGUUCACUUGGAGCUUUGGCAACCACCGUAGGAGGUGUGAUGUACAUGCACCCAUUUCAAGGGGGUGCAACACUUCUCAGUUUGGGCCUCAUAUUUAUCCUAUAUACCAUGUUCGUAUGGUGGCGCGAUGUUCUACGUGAAUCCACGUUGGAAGGACAUCAUACCAAAGCUGUACAAUUAGGACUUCGAUAUGGUUUUAUUCCGUUCAUCGUAUCGGAGGUUAUGUUCCUUUUUGCUUUUUUUCGGGCUUCUUCUCAUUCUUCUUUGGCACCUACGGUAGAGAUCGGAGGUAUUUGGCCCCCAAAAGGGAUUGGGGUUUUAGAUCCUCGGGAAAUCCCUUUUCUUAAUACCCCUAUUCUCCUUUCAUCCGGAGCUGCCGUAACUUGGGCUCAUCAUGCUAUACUCGCGGGGAAGGAAAAACGAGCAGUUUACGCUUUAGUAGCUACCGUUUCACUGGCUCUCGUAUUCACAGGCUUUCAAGGAAUGGAAUAUUAUCAAGCACCCUUCACUAUUUCGGAUAGUAUUUAUGGUUCUACCUUUUUCUUAGCAACUGGCUUUCAUGGUUUUCAUGUGAUUAUAGGUACUCUUUUCUUGAUCAUAUGUGGUAUUCGCCAAUAUCUUGGUCAUCUGACCAAGGAGCAUCACGUUGGCUUUGAAGCAGCUGCAUGGUACUGGCAUUUUGUAGACGUGGUUCGGUUAUUCCCAUUUGUCUCUAUCUAUUGGUGGGGAGGUAUAUGAAGGAACGAAACAGUGAAUUGAGGAAUGAAAGCUGGAUCACAAAGAGAAUCGGGCUUUGGAAAAGAAUGACUGCGUCUUUAAUACUCCUUUAUAUUUGCUUAUACAAAAAAGUCUUUCCCACUGCCCUACCAAAUUUAUCUGUAUUCUGCCACAUAACUUCAGGGAUCGAAGGGAUUAUGGCAGAUCAUGUUCACCAAAAAAUGACCUACGAAUUUAUCUUUUGCUCUUUCAGAUUGUUCCUUUUAAUCGUAAUCAAAGAUCUUUUCUUGUCUCUCGUUUCUUUUCCGAACAAAUCGAAGAACCUAAUGGAUCGAA